UAUUUUUCCAACAAGAGUUUUUCUUUUCUCUACUAGAAGUAAACCAUAGAGUAAAGAUUUAAAGACUAACGUUGUCAUUUGGCAAACUUGGCGCUCUCAAUCUUCAAAUUGAAUCAAAUUUAGCAAAUUUACGACAUCAAUAUGGCGGAUAAAUGGGAAAGCGCUUCAAGUGACGAUAAGGUUUCAAUUAAAUGUAAAAUUAAAGAUGAACCUAUGGACACAGAUUUUCCCGAAGAUGAUGUUCCGCCAGCAUUCGGUCCAGCAGCCUUGGGUCUCCAUAGAGUGGGCACUAAAUUGCCGCCAAAACCUACACCAAGUGAACCUGUACAAAAACUCAAUGCAAGGGGAAUGCCUGCAAGGAUCAGGAAGAAAAACAGAUUUAUAUUUGUUGAUGAUUUUAUUAAUACAUCACCUCCAAGACAAUCACCUAAACGAACUAACAAAAUAUUGACAUUGAAGACACCCAAUAAGCAGUCCAGUGCUAAAAAACAGAAAUCGCCAACCAAAACACCUAAAAAUAAUGAAAAGACUGAAGACAAAAGCGAAAAUCAAUCACCAGAUCGUAAGAGUGGCCAGCGCAUUGGAAUGAGGUUGAGAAAUCUUUUAAAAUUACCAAAAGCACACAAGUGGGUGUGCUUUGAAUAUUUUUACAGCAAUAUAGACAAAGCAUUGUUUGAUGGUGAAAACGAUUUCAUGAUUUGUCUCAAAGAAUCAUUUCCUCAAUUAACAAAUAAAAAAUUAACACAAGUUCAAUGGGCUAAAAUAAGGAGAAUGAUGGGUAAACCACGACGGUGCUCUCAGGCAUUCUUUGCUGAAGAACGCAAGGAGUUAGAAAGAAAAAGAAAAUUAAUCAGAUAUAUACAGCAAAGAAAAACUGCAGACUUAUGCGUAAAAGAUUUGCCAAAUGAAAUUCCAAUGCAGUUGAUCGUGGGAAGUAAGGUCACAGCGAGGCUGCGUAAGCCUCAAGAUGGUUUAUUUACAGGCAGUAUUGAUGCUGUCGAUACUUCUAAUAAUACAUACAGGAUAACAUUUGAAAGGCCAAAACUUGGUACACAUUCUGUUCCGGAUUAUGAAGUUUUGUCUAAUGAACCACCAGAUACAAUAUGUCUGUCUAGCAUUGUGCAGAAAUUUAGACCUCGCUAUUUAAUGCAAGAAAUAUAUAAUCUUCACCAACCAUGUUUAUCAAAUAAAAACAGUAGCCAAGGGGACCCUAUGAUUGGUUGCAGUGAUAUUUCAAAACAUCUGGACUCAAAUGUUGGUAGUUUCCCUUUCCCUCUACUAGAGUUAAUAGUAAAGCUGACUAAAAUACUACAAGCUAAAAAAAGUAAAAUAAACAGAAUAAAAGAAUAUAAUUGUGAAGCUGAGAAAAGGAAAUCAUUUGGACAAAAAAUGCCAGAAGAUUUCGAGAAGAAAUAUGCUGCGGUUGUUAUUGAUCUGGAAAGAAUGAAUAUGGAUUUGCAGGAAUACAUUAACAAAAUACAAUUAUACUGCCAGCAAAUAGCACCAGGUCCAAGUUUAGCAGCCAUGUUAGCACCUUCACAUCUUAGAGAGAAAUGUCGAGAUGAGGCAGCUUUACUUGUAGAAAAAAAUAAUAAUGAAUCAGUUACUGAUGCAAAUAUUAUUGAUCUUAUAACUGAUCUCACAGCCUUAAUGUUGCAAGUCAGGAGUCUAUCAGAUUCUGAUCAGAAUGCCUAUGAAUUAGGUGUAUUGCAAGGUACUAUGGAGCAAAUCAAAAUGAAACUAGAACCUCCAUAUCAAAGACUAUUCCAAAGUAAUGUGGAGCUUCACAUGCAAAGAAUUCAGAUGGGCUUGGGUCAAUUCCCUUCUAGUAGUUAUGUGGCGGGCACAUAAUAUGUACUACACCAGAAUAUAAAAUAUUGAUUUUGCAUAUUUAAUAUUUGAUAGAAUAUCCAAUAAAAAAUAAUAUAAAAUAUUACUAACUAGGUAAAUAAAAUAAAAUACAUACAAUGAUGUAUGUAAUAUAUUAUGGUUUUAGUUGAAUUUUAUGCAUUUUAUUGUUUUUCAUAAAAUAAUGUAAAAUAUAAAAAUAUAUAAUUCACUAUAGAAUGUUGUGUUAACUUGUCUAAGGUAGGUAAAAUGAAGCAUGAAAUAUUUUUAAAUAUUAUCCAUCACAAUGCUUUAUAUAUACAUAUUAUGUACCUAUUUUUAAUAGUUUGUUGAACCAAUAAAAAUAGCUAUAAGUUAAUAAUAUUA